CUUGAACGCGCACCAUGGCUGCCACAGUCCCACACGAAGUUUAUGCUCAACAGCUCGUCAAGUACGGGUGGGGCUAUCCUCUCUGGGAACCUGAACCAGAGGAACCGUGGGACGAGAUACUUAUUGGCGAUGUUGGUUAUUUCGAACGUGGAGGAUUUUGUCGCCUUUUCAACGCCAUCGAGGACAGUGACGGUCACAUACAGACCAGAAAAUACCCUCCCGGAAUCGAGCGAUUCGAUCCCGGCCCAGAUCCAUCGUCAUCCGUGCGCCGAAAGACGAAUGCCGUCAGCGAGGGUCCACACGCGAGUGCGACUGUCCGUCGUGUCGAGAUUGGAGCUGGAGUUGGAUCGCAGGGGUUGAACAUUGCAUUGGGGUGGGAGUGCACAGAUCGACAGGGUGCCUUGGUCAUUCUGGACAUUCCGGGAGUUCGCGAACUCUCGCAACAGGUUGCCAAGAUGAGGACAUAUAUGAAGGUGCAUAUAGAUGCCUGGUGCCAAUGGGCAACAGGCAUUCUAGGCCUUGAUAUCGACAUUGAAGAUAUCGUCUUUGUUCGAGGAUAUCUCAAGACCAGUCGGUGGGCUGUGGUUUCCUUGCAUGGCGACAUGAAACGGGCAACACUCACCUUCAAAGGUCACUCGCCAGGCAUGCCUGUCGCCGCUGCGUUCCACUUGGACAUUCAGCAGGGGACAAGCGGCAUGUGCGAGCAUCGCAUAGGGCCGGAUUACAGGCCCAAACUCGACUUGAAUAAACACUUGGGAUCGCAGUCGCCAGGAGACCAUGUCAUUCAAGCCCAAGGACUAGACGUACGAAGCAAAAAGAAGAAAGGCAAGGGUCGUGUGGACGGUGUUUCUCAACAAAUUAAGAGAGAGGAGCAGUAUCCCGCAGACCAGUAUCCCGCAGACCAGUGUAUGUUUCUGCACUACUUCAAGCUGAAGAAGCGCCGACUGCUGCCCUCGAAGAUCGAAGCUGCCGCCGAACCGCAAGACCCGUCUAUGGACCGUGAUGCGGAGGAUGCUAUGGAGGUGAUAGAAGAGAUUCCUGCUCGAGUGACGCCAUACGACCCUGUUGUUUUUAUUUUGGACUACAUAUUGGAGAACUCCAAAGCGGAGGUCGCGAUCGCUAGUGAUUUAGACCUGAUAUGCUUGUGUGAGCGUCGACCGGACAGUGAAUACCCAAUCCCUGAUGAUAUACCGCGGUUUUUGGAGCAAAAACAACCUCUCAUUGAAAUUAAGGAUGGACUUGGCACACUGCUCUUCGAUGAGGAUACCGAGAUGCACCUCGGCAGGCCGACCUCAGAAGAGAAGGAGGUCGCAGCGAUCAGCUAUGACAUCGAUAUACCAGGAGACACCAAAGAACCCGCCAGCUCCGGAGCGAGCGGUAACAGAAGGGGGGCCCUUAGAGCAAGCGACCCCGACCCAUUAAUCCCUCCAAGUAUCCAUGGCGAGGAUAAGUGGAAGCACUCCCCAUCCGUGGGUAGUGAGAUCGCCGCUGGGAUCGGAAACAACAUGGCACAGAAUGGGAAUACGGCACAGACGUAUCCCGAUGUGUAUGUACCGCUUGAUUCUCCCUUCGGCAAUACAUUUUCUACGACGGAACGACCCGUCUCGCCCGUCGCGGUGAACACAGCCGCGCCCGCGCCCGCGCCCACCAUCUGCUUCUUCGGCGGACCGUGCCCUCACCCCGCGCCAGAUGCUCUCCGCCAGACUCCGGUCCCUGCCAAUGCGAUGAAGCGCCACCUCGAAGAGUGCCACAACCUGACUCAGGACCGCACGGGUAGGUUCAUCUGCGAGUGGGGCGACGCGGACAAGCCGGCGUGCGGGACGGACCUCAAAGGCUUGGGUGCACUCGCGAAGCACAUCGCAACGGUGCAUUUGCGGUCGUCCCAGGUCCGCUGUAAGCGAUGUGGGAUGCUGUUCUCGAGGCGGGACAGCGAGAGGCAUAAGGAGGACAGCAGGUGUUCACUUCGUUGAGAGCCCCCACGUUUCGGUAAGCUGUCUUACUUUUGCGCGACUUAGACAGCUCUCCCCGUGGAUCGGACUUUCUGGCUUGGAGAGCCUGAUGCCCUGAGCCCCGCGGUGAACGCUACCCGUGACGAGAUGACACCCUUCACG